UGAGAUUUUUUUUAAUAAAUUCGUGAGUCUAAGUCAGCGCGAGGCCAGUCCAUUAAUCAGCCCCAAGCACACGUCUCACUAGUCUUUCCCCCUCGGUCAGCACCUUCAAGCCGUCUCAUCUCCCAUGCUUUGACAGAUUCAAGGAAAACAUGCCAGACGAGUCAUAGCACAUUUUAAUAUCAAUUUGCCAGCUUUGAUAAGGCAGGCACACUUCACUGUACCAAAUUUCACCUCGGAAUCUCUGUCUCGCGGACUUCUCUUCAAUCUCUUGCUGUCAAGGGCUCACGAGAAGCAUAUCUCCACAUAGAAGAACGAUCCCGCAGACUUUUGAAACUGAAUCAACCUCCAGUUAUUAUGCAAAAUCUGAAACUGAGAGUAUGCCAGAAACAGAAUCCUCUGUUUCUAGUUCUGUUUCUAGCAAUCCUCAAGAUGGGGGUCGAUCGGAACCCAAGAAGAAAUUGAAGGGACUGAGGUCAAUGCGGCUUUUGCGACUGUCGAGCGUGAGGUCGUCCAUUAAAGGACCCAAAUCCCGUUACGAAAAUAUUGAUUCACAAAGUUCAGAACGACCUUCUUCGGUCGAAAUGUCGGAUGCAUCGCCCAAUUAUAUGAAAGCAACCAGCAGUUCUCAUGCAAAGGAAAGCUUUCAGGGUUCCGAGAGAAUCUUCACGAGGAAGAACUUAACAAGAAUACCAACUUUGAAAUUGAGGAGGAAUUUGACCAGAAAGCUAUCUGGAGGGACUGAGUUGAAGAGGAAACUGAAGCCGUCAAGAUCAAUCAAGCACACAUCUGUCAAGGGGCUGAGAUCAUCAAGGCAGGGGACAAAUCAAGACAAGGCAAGCACUUUUAACGACCGUCAGAAUAGUAAGCAUCCAAGUGAGAAUUCUCAGAGAGUUAUGACCAGAAGAUUAAGUUUCAAGCCGGUGCGAAUCUUAAGCAAUCGGUACGUGUUCAGGUCGAGGAAAGUUUCCAAAGAGGAAAGCCUUCAGAUAUUGCAAUCCUCAGACUCAAGUUUGCAUAAAGCCACAUGUUCUUCAACUCUCAAAGAUUCCCAUUUUCCAGAUCAAAUUGAGUUGCCACUUGAAGAGCAUGAAUCUCAAGAAGUACUGUUAACAAGGAAGGUUUGUCCAUAUACUUAUUGUUCUCUUCAUGGUGGUCACCAUGGCAAUAUGCCUCCAUUAAAACGUUUUGCCUCAAUGAGAAGGCGCCAAUUGAAGACACAUAAGAACACAAAAAUGGAGAUUCAGCCUGUUACAAGAUCAAAGCAUUCUGGUAAUAAAAAGAAGGGCAAUCAAACAAGUCAGAGCAUCUGCAGUGAAAAUCCUGAGAAUACAACAGCCCCUUCUCGCAAACCUCAUAAUCAGAAUGAUAAAAAGCCAGCAAGGGACUUUCCUGUUAAGACUCCCAAUGCACUAGCUUCCAGUUUCAAUGGAGGAGGCUCAUCUGGAGGAGAUAAUAAAGAAAACAUAAAUUUCAGAUGUAAUGCCAAGGUGUUGCCUGGUGAAACAUCAUUUCCACAUAAAACUUUUGAUCAGUAUCUCAAUGAUUCUCUUGCAGAAAAUGGGUAUAACUUGUCUUCCUUUCUUGCAAUCAAGGAAUCAAAUUUGGAAUGCUGCCGCACUGUUACUUACGAGGACAAACGAGACUCUGAAGUGAUUGAGACGGCAAGGAACACCAGUAUAGUGGCUGCACGUGACAAAUAUGAUGAAAGCACUCAGUCUGUUCUCAUGGAUGAUGGGACUGAUAUCUUAAACUCUGAAUUAAUGGUGCUUCAAGAUCCUGACCUUUGUGACAAGCAUUCUGGUUUGAUAGACGAUAGCGUAGUGGUUGGUCAUGAGGUUCUUGGAGUAGUAGCUUCCCCAGAGAAACGGGAAGAAAGAAACUCAAUCCUGGAGCUGGCUGAUCCUGAAUCAUCUGGAGAAAGCAUAAAUGCUCAUGAGUUCAGAAGUGCUAGAGAUCAAUCAGAUACAUCUGAUCAAAAUGAUGUUGUGGAGUUAACUUCAACGCCUGCAGCCACGUGUACUGCCACCAAAAUUCAUACAUUGGAGGAAGAAAUAACAGCCAAAGACAAAAAUAUUGACUCACAUUAUGAUAUACUGCAGGAUCCGUCUCCACCGAGAGAAUCUAAUCCUACUCCCACCACCGAUGCAUCUUACAGAAUUCCUGAAGGAGAUAAGAAGUAUAUAAAGAUGUGGCACUUGAUCUAUAAGCAUGCAGUAUUGAGUAAUGCAGAAAAAGAAGACAAGCUUCAAUCUGACCAGGAAGACAAGGAAGCACAAGGGAAAGACGGUUUUUCAUCUAAUGGAGUAAACAACUCUUCUCUUCAGGAUACUGAUGAUGAAAAUGAGAAUGUAGUUGAGCUUGUGCAGAAAGCAUUUGAUGAAAUUCUUCUCCCAGAAAUGGAAGAUAUCUCUUCUGACAAUCACUUAGAAUCUCAAGGCAUGGCUUCAGAUGAGGAGCUCCUAGACCAGAGUCAAGGUAAGGAAAGAGAUAGGAGCACUUCAACAUCCACAGAUUCUCCUCAAGAAGAAGCUACGCUAAAACUUGAUGACGAGGAAGAGAAGGCAUCAGAGAAGAUGGAAGAUAAACCUGAGCCAAAAACACCAAAGAGCUGGAGCAGUCUGAAAAAAUUACUACUCCUGAAGAGAUUUGUAAAGGCGUUAGACAAGGUAAGAAAAAUCAACGUUCUAAAACCCAGACAUUUGCCUUCAGAUGCCAACCCAAAAGUAGAAAAAGUUUAUCUCAGGCAUCUGAUCCCAGGGGAGGGAAAAAAUGUCGAAGAAUGGAUGCUUGACUAUGCACUCCAGAAGGUUAUCUCAAAGCUAGGUCCUGCUCAAAAGCAACGGGUCACACUUUUAGUAGAAGCAUUUGAAACAGUUCUGCCAUUUCAAGACAUUGAAAAUGGCCCACUAUCCUCUGCGACAAUUGAAAAUCAAGCUAGUGCAACUCAAGGCCCUGAUUCUUCAGAUCAUGGCGAGGAAAUAACUGACAGGGAGAGGGAAUAUGACGUUUCAGCCAAACUAUUGCUUGGCAAAGCAUUCCAUUCUCACAGAACUUUUAAAGAACACGCUGAUGAUGCCAGUGACAACCCAAUGACAGAACAAUAUGGCUCUGAUGUGGUUGAAGAGGCCAAAAACAACCCCAGAUCCAGAGCUAUUGAUGGAGAUUGGAUUGGAAAGCAAAUUAUGGCUGGCAAUCAUGAUAAGGAGGAGAACAACACAAUUGUGGAUGAUAAUGUUUAUCCUGCUGGAACCAAAGAUUCAACGUCAUUGUUCUCAGGCACGCCAGUUGACACUACAAGCGCCUCCCUUGAGGAGGAUCAAGCUGAUGAAAUGGUCAAUGGAGUUUCACAAAGCAUGAUAUCUUGUUUGACAACAGAAAUUCCAAGCGGUGAAUCAGAGUCUCAUGGAAGAGAUUUUGAAAAUGAGAAUCUGAUCAGCACAAGCGGGGAACCACUUUCUAUGUCAAAAAGCUUAAUUCUAAAAGGUUUUGUGAGAUCACUGGGAUCUAGUUUGGUCUCUUCAGCAGCUCCUUCAGACCAAUUAGAUGAACCUGUGGCGGGCAGAAAAGAAAGUAUAGUGAAGGCUAAGCCAGAAAUUGAGAACCUUGAACAGUUCCCUCCAGCUGAUGGAACUACGAUCCUACAAGAAAAACAGAACCACACAGGACUAUGGUACUUGGUAUAUAGACGCAUGGCAUCAGGUGUAGCAACAAAUGACUUCAAGCCACUUGUGGAUGGGGAUGAUGAGAAUGAGCAAGGAUAUGAUAAUAGUAGAAUCACUGGAAGUGAUACUUCCAUCUCUCAUGGAAGUAUACCUGUGGCAAAUCAAGAUAUACCCUUAGAAGAUCAUCCUGUUACUGACUCAGAGGUUGAACUUCGCCAGCUUGAAGCCAUCAAGAUUGUAGAAGAAGCCAUUGAUGCAAUUCUUCCAGAAGCACAGGAACAUUCACAUGAUGGUCAGCAAGUCGCUGACAGCAAUAUUUCAGUCAACUCUAUACAGUCCCACAGAGUCGAAGGAGUCAACAGCAGAGACUUGUACCGAAAAGAAGAUAGGGUGACAUCUGAUAAUGGAAUGACCCAAGAACAAGAUGAAGAACCAACAUUGAAGGAGGGAAACAAACCAUUAUCUAGGAAUUGGAGCAAUCUUAAAAAAGUGAUCAUGCUCAGAAGAUUCAUUAAGGCCUUAGAAAAAGUUAGAAAAAUCAAUCCUCAAGGACCUCGAUAUCUGCCCGUUGAGCCUGAUCCAGAAGGAGAAAAAGUAAAUUUAAGGCACCAGGACAUGGGAGAAAGAAAGGGUUCAGAAGAGUGGAUGCUUGAUCAUGCACUUAGACAGGUUGUGGCCAAAUUAACCCCAGCUAGGAAAAAAAAGUGGAGUUGCUUGUGGAAGCUUUUGAAACCGUCAUGCCAACCAUCAAAAACUGAAACUGGCCAGUUUGCAAAAUAGCUUCGUAUGGAAAAUGCAUUCAAGUAAAGCAAGUUGAAGGUGAUGAGCAAGGAAAUGUAGUUUAUCACAAUCCUGCAGGAUGGUUAGGCAGUUUCAGAUUGCCCCAACGUUAGAAGAAACCCAAGACCAUUCAAUAUGCCUGUGAGGAAACCCUUGCAAAAUACGAAGUUAUGAAUCAGGAGAAUAGGAGUUUAGUACAUAGUAAAUUCAUUCUUUGUUUUUUUUUUCUUUUGGUCAUUUAUUUUCCCAUGUGGAUGGGGUUGGAUGUUUGUAAUAAAUUCCCUUAAUAGUUUAGAUUUAUCAUAA